AUGACCUUAGCACGACAGCAAACAUCACAGUCGGAGGCGGACCCAACCUUGCCAGUCUCUCGGAUGCCAUCUCCGAGUUCAAGCUGCCAUGACGAGAAAUCAGUAAAUGGACUUCCUACAUAUGCCGCACCAUCCAUCUUUCCACACGACUACAACGUGCCAUCAGGCAUAGACCACACCUCGCAGUUCUUCGAAAUCCUUACUGCGCCCUACCGUCCUCCAGCUUCCCUGAGUCCUUGGCGGCGUAUAACGCCACGUCAAGAAGAUGUGGAGAGGUGUGCAGCAAUGGUAGACUGGGGCGAUACGGACGAGGACUCAACGCCACCAGAGGGGUCCUCUACUUUGCAGCGCGAGUCUUCAUUGCACGAAAACUCAGCUAAGGAUAUCCCAAUAUAUGUGCCACACGGUCCAUGUGCAUGGGCAGCUCGUGAGGAUAUCCAACAAACAGAGACAUUGUUAUCCCUACGACAGGGCUCGAUGUGCUCAGCCUAUGUACAAUCCGGUGUUAUUGCCGGACAAAAGAUCACUUUUAUCAGUCGACGAUGGAAUCUGGACAAGCAAGCGGAUUGGAUCGGGUUUAAUUCCGAGAUGACUCUCUACAGCUCAGAACAAUACCUGAAGCCCCUCCAAGGCGUCAUCGUUCCUCGCAUCAUCGGUGUUCACAUCCUGCCAGGCGCUAUCAGCAUUGCUAUGGAAUUACCUCAUCAAAGUUUUUGGAUUGAGGCCUCUCCUACCAUGCCCGAUGUCCUCAAAGAACGUGCUAUGCAAGGGCUUGAAAUGCUCCAUUCGCGAGGUAUCCUCCAUGGAGAUAUCGAACUUCGUCACGUUCUUAUCGGCGGGGAUGGUGCUGUUACAUUUAUCGAUUUCCAACUAAGCCGAAGUACCAACCCCGACGAAUCUGUGGGUUUAGAGAAGGCGGAGGACGAAGAAUUUCGCUUCGAGAAACGCUUGCUUGCAUUCAAGCUUGACCUCCACGGUGCUCGGGCCAGUGAAAUUCAGAAGACGGAAGCUUUCGUACAACGUACUAAGCGAAAUAAACGGAGAGAUGAGUUGUGGAAGCGUCGGGCCCAAGGAGCUCGCACGGGAUACAUUCCGCCUUAUGAAGAGGAGCCUGAGGAGGAAAAGAUAGUACCGCCUGUCCACCCCCAUGACUUGCAGGACACCUGGAUUAAGAAUUCAGAUUCUCCUCCAGUACGCGUCGUUGUACCUGGACAGAGCAAAAAAGAGGUGGAGACUGCUAUUCGGACAUUCCUCGAGUCUCUGGCAGAAUCCCGUCCUGACCAAGCGCUUUCUCGACCACUACUUUCGAUUGGGAGCAGUGCAGAAGUGUCUGAAGCGGGACCAUCGACGUCAUCUAUCACGUCGGUACGCGCGAUCGACUUUUCUCCGACUGCAGUCCACGAAUCGUCACCCUCAUUGGCGGGACGAAAGCGUUAUAGAGAAUCUUGCCCCUCUCCCUCCCCCCACGCCUCUCUUGCUUCAUCCGACUCCCCACCUUCAAAACGCGUUCGUCGUGAAACAGAAUCCUCGUCGUCUGCUAGCGUCUCCUCCACUGUUCAUUCAUUGCCAGCAAUACCAUUCGUCAAUCCUCGCGAUCAUGUACACAUGUGGUAUUCAGAUCUCCCAGACGAUGCUGAAGUUCCUCCCCCUCCCGUUCGUGUUAGACCUCUCUCCCUGAGCGCCGCACUUAUUCGGCAACAAAACAUUGAAGUUUGUCGUGAGGCCGGGCUUCCUCACGCUGAACUGGUCGAGAGGGGCGAGGUUUCACCAAUAAACGCGGUUCGUCACCAUUUGCUUGCCAAGAAACGUAGAGGUAUAGCACGAGGCAAUCUACUCCGGGAGCGGGAUCGGGACGGAUACUCGCCAUACGUCCACCAUAUAGAGAGGUCACAUCAACGAGAACGCUAUCUUGCCCUGAAGGAGCUGAAGAACGGGUACAUAGCAACCUGUGCAAAUGUCCCCAACCUGUCAGAUAUCCCAAUGCAAGCAGGGGAUCGCACAUUUUCUGCGUUGCUCCACAUGAACGAGCACAAAGAUAUACCAGAAGGACCCAGGAUAUUGCAGCGGGGAGAAUACGAACUCAUACAGGAUACCCGCAGACAGGCUAUGAUACUCACUCCCCACCGAGGGGUACUAAAGCGACGAAGAGAAGAUGACCUAGUUCAGAACUUCCUGCCUGCGAUGAAUUCCCCUAAUCCUGCGGUGCCUGUCGCUGAUACUGGCAGCACUAUUCCUCCGCCUCGCAAGAAAGCGCGCACCAAGGGCCCAUCCCGCAAACUAGCACCUGCGCUUAUACCCCUGUUCCGCACAUCAGAUCCUGGGUCAUUUGAGAGCAACAAGACAGCAAAGGUCAACCCUCUGCAUGACCGUAGUCUGGCUAGGCGUCGUUCACGAUCACAUCCUGCAUCGGGUAUCGAUUUUACCCCACCAUCGUGGCGCGGUCUAUCCGUUUGGAUGGGAUCUUUAAUGGGCUGGUCGCAGUGA